AUGAUACGCAUACUGAAAAACCCCGAAGAUGAAUACAAUUCAUACUCGCACGCAUGGGACAUUACUUAUAAUGUCGGAAACAUUCAUGGGAAGAAGACAGUUUUGAAGGAAAAGGUGCCCAAAAACACCAAGUUAUCUUUCAGUGAGUUUGUCACGAAAAGAGUUAAUGUUAUUGAAGAAAAACUCACAACUAUGGUUAGAAACUUGUACACACAUAUGCCAACUUCUUUUGUUACAUUACAACUAGCAAAGAAAAUGAUGAAAGUUAUCAGCUUGAUUCGGUCCGUUGGAACUACGAUUCCAGGAAAUGAUGGGAUGAGGAAGGAGUUCCUUCAAGUACUUGAUAAAGUCCUUUGUCAAACAGUUUCUUUCCCUAAAUCCACAGAUUUUUGGGAUAUUGGGAACUUCUGUUUAAAAAAUGCAUCUAUGAUCUUCUGCACCGCCUCGAGCUCAGUUAGAUUGCACACCCUGGAGAAGAAUGUGGAAUUAUUGGUAGUCGAUGAAGCUGCUCAACUUAGAGAAUGUGAAUCUGUUAUCCCUUUGCAACUCCCUGGUCUUCGCGGAGUUAUACUCAUUGGGGAUGAAAAGCAACUCCCUGCCACAGUUAAAAGCAAGAUAUGUAACAAGCUGGAGUUUGGAAGGAGCUUAUUUAAAAGAUUGGUGUCACUAAAACACACAACACACCUACUGAAUAUCCAGUACAGAAUGCAUCCGAUGAUAAGCUUGUUUCCAAACAAAGAAUUCUAUGGCAACAAGAUUGUUGAUGGUCCAAAUGUAAAACAAACAAGCUACAAGAAGCAGUUUCUUGAAGGAGACAUGUUUGGAUCAUACUCCUUCAUUCAUUUAACGCGAGGGAAAGUUGAAUUUAAUGRUAAYGSAAGUGGGAUGAACAUGGUGGAAGUAGCUGUGAUUGUCGAGCUGCUUGCAAAACUUCAUAAAGAAUGUGUGGCCAAAAACCAAAAGAUUAGUGUGGGUUGCAUAACACCAUACAAGGCUCAAGUUUAUGCGAUACAAAACAAACUUGGGAAYAUUUAUGGAAGCAGAGAAGCAGGAGAAUGUGAGUUAUCUGUGAACAUUCGAACUGUUGAUGGGUUUCAAGGUUGUGAAGAGGAUGUGAUAAUCAUAUCAACUGUGACGGGUAGUGGGAAAAGAUCGAUUGGUUUUCUUUCUACGCCAGAAAGAGCAAAUGUUGCYCUAACCCGAGCAAGGCAUUGCCUGUGGAUAGUGGGAAAUGGAGACGUUUUGAGGGAAUGUUAG